AUGGACACUUCAAGAGGCUCAAAAGUAUUGGGAUCCAUUGAUUUGGAAUCUCCAGCUAAAAUAUCACCAUCUUCUCAUAGAAUAACCAAAUUAUCAAGACCUAAAUUAUCACAAAACAAAACAAUUAAAUAUUUCCAAUCAAUAUCGAAAAGAAGAUUAACACAAACAAAACCUUUAACCAAAGGCUCGUAUCUUCCCUAUGAUAAACGUGAACUAGUUAAAAGAAUCAAUACUCUCAAGUAUAACAAUUGGAAUGUCAACUCAAAGAAAUUGACCCCAUUACUGAUUGCUCGUUAUGGAUGGGAAGGUUCUAAUAAAAUGAAUGAAUUGAAAUGUUGUUGUUGUUCUGCAAGGUUAUUGAUUAAGAUCCCUGAUGAACUGAUGAAUAAUGAUAAUGAAGAUAAUGAAGUAAUUUUUGAUAAACUAUGUGAUAAAUAUAUUGAUGAGUUAAAGGCUGGACAUAAAGAUAAUUGUCCAUGGCUUAAACAAGUAACACCAAUGAAUGUUUAUGAGAUUAAUAAUUCAAAAGAAUUGGGUGUUGUCAAGGAAUUGUAUGAAUUUAAUUCUAAACAGAUUAAAAAUGAUGAUAUUGAGGUUGUUGAUGUUUUGACUCAAGAUCAAGUUGGUGUUAUAAGGAGAUGGUGUGAACAAAAUGGGUUAGUGUAUGGGAAUAUUUUCCAAUGUAGUUUAUUUGGAUGGAGAAUUGAAAAAAUAGGGUCUAAAAUUAUGUUGAAGAGUGAAAGUUGUGGACGCAGAGUCUUUAUUGAAGAUAAUGUGCAAGUUAAUCUAAUUGAAGAACAUCAUGAAUGGUGUUGUUAUGUUGAAGGUUACAAGAACUUAAUCAAAAUGAUGGGAAAUGUUGAAAACAAUAGUGACGAAAACACAGUUGAAAAUACAUUGCAAAGAUUGGAUAAAUUAAGAAAGUUAUAUUUUGAAUAA